GUUUUCAAUGUGUGGCAUCAGCAAUAAGCAGCUAAUUAAUUAUGUUUUGGACGGCAGUCGCCUCGUCCACGCUAUCGACCACCCCGGAGAGCUCGGCGGGAUUGGCCAGUGCAGCGCCCAGCUAUCAGCAGCAGCACACCAAGCCAGUGGCUCUGCGGGCCCUGGCCAGCAGCUGGCAGCUCAGCAAUGCUGCAUUUAAAUCACGUCAACUACAUCAGCAACACAAGGAGCAACUACGAUUGCAGUCCCAGCCACUGUCCCCCCCGAAGGAGCAAGCGGAGCAGACUGGAGGUGUGCUUGAGGCCGAGCAGGAAACAGAAAAACAUCAGACAGCUGGUCCCAGUCUCAAGAAGAAAAUCAGACCGAAAAGUGAAAGUAAAAUAUUCAAAGCUUUCACCUCGUGCAAGUGCACAAAAAAGGAAAAAAAUUAAUUCCAGCAAAUAUGUGCGCCAGCCAGUACAAUUCAAUUACAAUAAUCAAAACCGAACAAGCUACAUAUUUUUUAUGCAUUUUAAAGGUGAAAUAUAAACCGAAUAAUACAAGC